AUGGAAAUCGAGGAGAAAACACUUGCUCCAGAUGAUACAAAUUUAACAACGACAUACAAUAAUAUUGCUGUCACUUAUCAUUCUAUGGGCGACAAAACACAUGCUCUAUCAUUUUAUGAAAAGACAUUAGCGAUUAGAGAAAAAAUACUCUCUAUCAAAGAUCCAUCAUUAGUUUCAACUUACAAUAGUAUUGGCUUUCUUUAUUCAUCUAUGGGAAGGAAAUCAGAUGUUGUUAAUUAUAUUGAGAAAUCACUUAAUGUUCAAGAAAAAUUACCAAAUCCUAAUCGUCCAUUGAUGCUUAAGAUUCAUCUGACUACAGCAAGAAUGUAUGAAGAUCUUAAAGAUAAUGAUGCAGUUCUUAAACAUGCAGAGCAUUCUCUCACUAUCGCACGUUCGAUUUUUGACCCUAGUGAUAUAAACAAUGGUGUUGCUGAAGAACUACAAGAAGAUUACAAUGUUUGGCGGUAA